GAGAUGCCGUGCUUCAAGCUGGGCGCCGACAGCAGCGGCCCUUUCUCGCCGCUUCGUCGCGGUGCCGAGCGCCUGUGGCUGGGCCGAACGCCGACCCUGCUGGCGUGGCCCAAGCGAUGCGUGCUCGUCUCCAUGGUGUUCGUCGGCUUCUCGCUGGCCGCCGGAAUCCGCAGGUCCUUCGUGGAGGCCGCUUACAGCCUGCAGAGGGAAUCCCAUUGGAAGAUGUUCAACAACGACACGUCCAGCGGGAACUGGACGACAGACUUCAUCCGUUCCUUCCAGUCGUCCUUCACGUGGGGUCUCUUCAUCGGUCACGUGAUAGGAUCGGCGCUCUCGUACAAGUACCACGCUAACAGCGUUUUUGCAGCCGCCAUACUGCUGGACUCAUCGCUGCACCUUGUUGUCGCUGGAGUGAUGCAAGUGCACCAGAUAUUCCUCGUGUCCCUGCUGUUCCUGCAAGGAGUCGCAGACGGUCUGACGUUCCCGGCGUUCUUCAGCUUACUGAGGUACUGGGCACCACCUUUGGAAAGGACGCGGAUGUUCGCAGCUGGUUACGCCGGUCUUCAUUUCGGCAGCUUACUUAGCUUUCAAAUAUUCUCCAUAUUCGAGAGUCUCUUCAGUUCUACAGCGGGGCUCUACUUCUAUGGCAUGCUAGGUAUCCUCUGGGUGUUGCCAUGGUUCCUCCUCAUAUCCGAAACACCAUCUAAGCAUCCGGGGGUGUCGACGAGGGAAAAGAUCUACAUCAUCGACUCGCUUCAGACACAGGAGCACAUUCCUUUCUCGUGGUACAAAAGUGCUCGGCGCAACACUGGCCCAAGGUCACUAGCCAACCUGUCCGACGUUGGAAACAGGUCGGCCGACGACGUCUGCCCACGUAUGGGGAUUGACACUGGCUUCACGUUGGCCGAUGUUAUGUCCACCGACGUAGGGCCGACUUCAUUGGAUGACCUGGUCGAGUGCCAGCCUCCGUAG